GAGCGCGCUCCAGGCUGGGGCGACAUCUCCUCCGGUCCCCCAUCGCUCGCUGCUCCGCCGCCGCCUGCGCCCCGGUCCCCGCCGCCGCCGCCGACCAUGAAGCUGCUGGGACACAGAUUCGAGCUGCUGACAGGGCUCCUGCUUCACGACGUGACCAUGUCUGGGUUGCAGGAACUGCGGUUCCCAGAGGAGAAGCCGCUGCUCCCGGGCCUGGAAGUCGCCGAACUGGAGCCUGUGGACACUUUCCUCCUGCCUGAGGACACAGACUGGAAGGAACAUGACAUCGAGACGCCCUAUGGCCUCCUGCACGUGGUGAUCCGGGGCUCUCCCAAGGGGAACCGCCCGGCCAUCCUCACCUACCAUGACGUGGGCCUCAACCACAAGCUGUGCUUCAAUGCUUUCUUCAACUCCGAGGACAUGCAGGAGAUCACGAAGCACUUCGUGGUGUGCCAUGUGGAUGCCCCAGGCCAGCAGGUGGGGGCGUCCCAGUUCCCUCAGGGGUACCAGUUCCCCUCCAUGGAGCAGCUGGCCGCCAUGCUCCCCAGUGUGGUGCAGCACUUUGGGUUCAAGUAUGUGAUCGGCAUCGGUGUGGGAGCCGGGGCUUAUGUGCUGGCCCAGUUUGCGCUUAUCUUCCCAGACCUGGUGGAGGGGCUGGUGCUGAUGAACAUUGACCCGAAUGGCAAAGGCUGGAUCGACUGGGCAGCUACCAAGCUCUCUGGACUGACUAGUGCGCUCCCUGACACGGUGCUCUCCCACCUGUUCAGCCAGGAGGAGCUGGUAAACAACACGGAGCUGGUGCAGAGCUACCGGCAGCAGAUCAGCAAUGUGGUGAACCAGGCAAAUCUGCAGCUCUUCUGGAACAUGUACAACAGUCGCAGAGACCUGGACAUCAACCGGCCUGGAACGGUGCCCAACGCCAAGACGCUGCGCUGCCCUGUGAUGUUGGUGGUUGGUGAUAACGCCCCUGCAGAAGAUGGAGUGGUCGACUGCAACUCUAAACUGGAUCCCACCACCACGACCUUCCUGAAGAUGGCAGAUUCCGGGGGACUUCCCCAGGUCACCCAGCCCGGCAAGCUGACAGAGGCCUUCAAGUACUUCCUGCAAGGCAUGGGCUACAUUGCGCAUUUGAAGGACCGGAGGCUGAGUGGAGGAGCAGUGCCCUCUGCCAGCAUGACCCGGCUGGCACGCUCCCGCACCGCAUCCCUCACCAGCGCCGGCUCUGCAGAAGGCCGCCCGCAGCCCUGCACCCUCUCGGAGAGCAGCGAGGGCCUGGGCCAGGUCAACCACACCAUGGAGGUAUCCUGCUGAGGCCUAGGCCCCACACAGGCAUCCACUGCCUGCUGCACCCACGUCCCCUCGCCAUCCUUGCGCCCGCUCAUUUUUCCUUUAGUUUAUUUUUGUGAGGGCAAAGGGGAAGAAAUGGGGUUACUUCUUUUUCUAAAAAAAAAAAACCAAAAAACAAAAUCUAAACUAAAAGCACCAACAACAGCGAGGGGCUCCAUCUUAGACCUGCAGACAGUCUCCAGCUCCCCAGCCCCCAUUGUUUUUGUGGCUGUGAUCUCUCUCUGCAGACGUCCUAAUGGCCCUGGCACAAAUAGUCGGGGGUCCCAGGAAGGGCAAGAGGAUCACUAAAUAGUGGGAGUUUUCUCUGUUUGGGAUUCAGACUCAGAAGCUUGAUCAGAACCAGAGCAGCAUGAUCCUUGGGUGGGGCAGUAGCCUGAAGAUGGAAUGUGGGGUUUUGAGGUAGCUGCUGGGCCCACAAAAUCAGGGUGCCUAGAUCAGACAGAGGCUGAAGAGGUAGGAAAGAACAGCAGGAGGCAUAGGGAGUUAUGCCCAAACCCCUGCCCACCAGCACAGCUGAAUUAUGGCAGUCAAGAGCUGUGGCCACGUGGGGAGCUCUGACAUGUGUCCUAAGACUGGGGUGGUGGUUGAUGCUGCAAGGACAAACAGGCAGGGAACUGCCCAAGGCAGACAGAAUAUGGAGGUGGGUCCCUACAAGCCAACCCCUUCCUUCUCACCACCUAUUGGCCCUGGGACAGCAGGUACAAGAAAACAGGUUGCCUUUAGGGAGCCCGUAAGAUGGUGCUGAGUUCCUAGUGGCCCCUUUUGCCAGGCUUCAUGGAGGAGAACUCCAUAGAGAAGAAACUGGCCCAGGCCACCUGGCAGAAACAGGGCAGUUCUAGGGGGAGUUUGGUGUAAACUGUGCAAAUGCAUCACUCAGGAGAGCUCAUUGGAAUUAACUGGGCUGAGGCACUGAGGUGGGAGACUCGGGUCGUGAGCUUCUGGGAUUAGGAGGGGAUGGUUCCUAGAGAGACAGAGGGCUAGGCAGAUGAGAAAAGUUCCCCCAGCCCCCCAGCCCCCCAGCCCUCUCCUGCCCAGGAUGAUGCCAAAUGCUUCCUGUCCAUCCCAUCCCUCAUCAGGUAAAAUCUCCUGGCCCAAAAACUAGAAGCCAUUUUGUCUCGGAGCCAAAAUUGGUUGCUGCAAAGUCUAAAUCUAAAAUAAGUACAAAGGGGUGUCUGCAGGGCUCUGAUGGGUCGGGGUGGCAGUGGUCACCUCACCCGAUUUUCUCUGCACACAUCACCCCUUCAGUAAUCUAAGCCAUGACUAGUCCGCUCUGGAGCCCAGUGAUGGUCCCGUCCCCAGUUCUAGUCACUCACGUGCUUCCUCUGAAUAUUGAAUGUGUCUGUGGGAAAAGCUGGUAGAAAUUAAUCCCUCUUACUGUAGAUAACGCUGCCAGUGUUUUUCUUUCUUUUUGUGUUCUUUGAUGAGAUUACUAUACAUAUCUAUACAGUAUAUAUAUAUGUGUGUGUGUGUAUUGGGUCCUCCUGAGCGUGGUUUUCCAUCGGAGGGCAUCUCCCAUCAGAGUGAACUUUUAUGGAGUUUAUUAUUUUCCUCUCUGUACAAAGUGAAAGCCUAAUUUUGUGUAUUCUUGUGGCUGAUGUCAUGAGACUUUGAGAUGACAAUAUGUAAAACCAAUAAAAGCCCUUAUCAAUGUAGAAAGUUAACUUCGCUGAAAAGCUAAUAAAAAUUAAGAAC